AUGGCGGGGAAGUUGGAGCCUUUGAACGUGGAGUCGCCAGAAGCCGCCGAGGAGGCUGAAGAGGGAAGCCUGGAGCCACAGAUCGAGGACCUGAUUAACCGCAUUAAUAAGAUUCAGCAAGUGAAGAAGAAAUCCAGUGAGGAACUGGAAGAGACCCAAGCUCUCUUGGAGUCCCUGCAUAGGGAAUUAGACUCCUUGAAUGGAGAGAAAGUGCACCUAGAGGAAAUCUUGAGCAAAAAGAAAGAGGCGCUGAGGAUCCUCCAGCUGCAAGAGAAGAAAAGUGAGGCUCAGCGCAGAGAGAGCACCGGACAGGGAUUCGGAGGCCUGUGCAUGAGGAGCCCCAGACAUGGCUGGGCCGGGUGUUGGUCCUUUCAUCCCUGGGUGUCGACCCCCAGGUUGGAUGUCGAAGAACAGCUGGAGGAUCUGAUGGGCCAGCACAAGGACCUCUGGGAAUUCCACGUGCUGGAGCGGCGACUGGCGCGGGAGAUCCGCGCCCUGGAGAGGAGCAAGGAGCAGCUGCUGGCGGAGAGGAAGCUGGUGGGCGCCAAGCUGCAGGACGCGGAGCGGAGGCUGCGCUCCCUGCCCGAGGUCGAGGGCGCCCGGGCAGGGAAGGAUGGGCUGAAGGCGGGGCUGAGGAAACGCGGGGAGCAGGUCCAGGGCGGCCCCGAGGCCGGGGCUGGCCGAGAGGCCAGGCCUGAGCUCCUGUGCGCCGGCGACAGGGAGGACCUGGAGCCGCCACCGGCUGGCCCUGACGCCCCCUAGGCUUGCAGACCCGCCCCUUCCCGACCUGCCCUGAAGGGCUGCUAAGAAAUAAAGGCGAUGUUGAUUUCAGACUGUC